CUAAUGGACAAUUCAUGACAAAGAAAUAUAUCAUAUAUUUUGGGUGCUUAUUUCAGAGCAAUUUGCCAUUACAGGUUUGACCAUUCUUGUUUGGGCGUAAUUUGUUGGCGCUUAAUAAAUAAAGAUUAGAAAAAAAGAAAAAAUGUCUGGCAUCCACAGGUUUUGUUUACCCCUUCUUAAAUGUACCCUUAUCACCCUACUAUGCAGACUAACAGGCGCAGUAACACUGGUGCGUCACACUGCAUGCAAUAACCCGCUCUGCCCCACAUAUUUCUCGUCCACAUAGUGACAAGCAGUGACACAGUCAGAGCAUGCAGUUCAUUCACAAGCUACAGAGGCACAGAUAGGGCGUGAGUCUGCUAAACUGUUCACUAUUCAACCACAAUAUCUCUCCAGUUACACACCCUACCACCGACUGCACCUUCCACACAGACUUUAUCGUCUAAUCUUUGUUUUGAGUCAGUCUCUUCAUCUGUGCAGAGAUAAAAAUACAAGAAAACUUCAGAGGGAAAGGGGAGAGAUAGAGAGAGAACCAGACAUAAAGAAGGAGAUAGGGGAAAAAGAAGAUAACGAAGGAGGAAGAAAUGGCAUUCAGUUUUCACACGAAGGAAUUCUGAUUUAGGACUGAAGUCACUGGACAUCCUUCAUCAUCCUGUACAUCAUUACACUACAGGCAAGAUGGAAAGCUCCCUAGCCAGGUCAGCCAUUUGGCUAGUAGUCUUACUGACGUGCACCCUCACCAUGGUUUGUGGAUUACAGACCCAGUCAGCUCACAAAUUUGGAGAAGGCCUUUCCAUUAUGGACUUAUAUAAUCGAAGCCAGUGCCAGCCUCGUUGGGUACUUCUCAAUAUUCUAGUUGAGUUCCCACAAUUUGCAGAGUUCCUUUUCUUACCGUCCUGUGUGUCUGUCCUUCGCUGCACUGGGUGCUGUUUGGAUGAAGGUCUAAGUUGUGUUCCCACUAAGAUGCACAACAUAACCAUGCAGGUCAUUAAGACUAAAUUGCUUCAGUCUGAAUUUACAGAGAUUGGCAUCACCCAGCAUACGCGCUGUCAGUGCAGGCCAAAGGACAGAGUCUUAUUAAAGGCAAACAGGAUAUCAGUAAAAGGUGAAAAAGAAACAAAAAAAAAUAGAGGAAAAGGAAAGAAAGAAAGAGGAACCAACAAAAGCCCUAGGCCUUUAUGUCUACCAUGUGACCGGCGGAAAAUACUAAACCCUGUAACCUGCAAAUGUGUUUGUCACCUGAGUAAUAAGAAAUGUACCCGAAAAGGACAAAGAUUUAACAAAGAGCAGUGCAGGUGUGAGAAAGUCAGGAGUUGACAUUCACCUAAGGUAGUGAAUGGAAAUUCUUUCUUACAGCUGUAAAACCAGGUACCUUUGAUCCAUUUGAAUGGAGAAGAUGGAAAUAGUCAUGUGACAUCAAUUCAAGAGUUAUACCUUCAAACAAAUGACUUUACUGAGUGGGUCUUUACAUAUGGCCACUAUGGCUCUAUUACAUGUUUACUGUGAGGAUGAGAAGCUAGUUGACUGAAUGAAACAGUGAGAGAAACAAAUAGAAAAACAUUGUAAUUCCUAGGAGAUGUCAAUAUCACAUUUUAUAUGUUUUUUUGUAUUGUAUUAUUACUUACUAUUAAAUGCUUCUGAAAAUA